AUGUCUAAGAUUCCAUUUUCCGUUCGUGCUACCGACGUGGUCCAUAGACUUACUGUCUUAGGAUUGCUUGGAUUUUCCCUUGCCGUUUCAGGAAGUGUUGGAUAUAAUGUUUACAUGAAUUCAGAUUACGCUCAAAUGAACAAGAACAAAUUGAAGUUUGAUAAAGAAGAGGUUGAUAAAAUAGAUAUUGCUCAAGAAUAG